AUGGCCACAGGAUACUCUAACGAAUUUUCUGAACCUUUUGCCAUCGAAUCUAAGACUGGUGGUUCUUUGUUCAGCCAGAAGAUUUUAAGCUGUGACAUAAUCCCUUUUAGCAAAGCCAAAGAACAUAAAGAACAAGGAAGCGAAUCAGAUUCAGGUUGUCAGAAUAACAGUGAUAGCAAAGGAACCCCUAUAUUAAUGGAUUGUGAUGAGCAAGAUUGGGGUGAUGAAGACUAUAGCAAGCAUAGUCUUGAGGAACCUGAUAAUAGGUGUGCUCAAACUGAAAACCUCUUGGAUUGUGAAUGUUUCGCUCAAAACCCAACAGACUAUUUCACAGACUCUUCCUGUAACAGCUCUGAUGGAGUAUUGGUUAACUUCAGUGCCAUCUACAACAAAACCAACAAUGCGGUUCCUGCAACUCCACUUAACCUUGAUAGUCCUGUUCAUGUGUCAGGUGCAAUGUCACAAGAUGAUUCCAACCCUAUAUGCAGCUGGUCAUCUCACAACAUUGAUCCAAACUGCAACAUCUAUCCACUUGACUCUGAUGACUUUUCAUCAAUGGAAAAAGCAGACCUCACAAUGUGUCUGCAGAGUCAAGGACGGCUGGCAGGUUCCACCCAGAAUUACUAUAAACUGGUUACAUGUGACCUAUCAUCCCAGUCUUCACCCAGCCCAGCUUGGUCUUCUUUAACGAGUUUCUCUGAGACUCACAGCCAGGGAAGUUGUUCUCCACACUCAUAUUUCCUAUUCGGACAGUCAGAGGGAGAGGAAAGGGAGAGCCCAAAUGUUGAUCGAUGUGAACAUCAGGGUGAUGGGUACAUUGAGGUGAAGAAUACUAGACGAGCAACCAGAGGCCAAUCUAAGGGAACAAAAGAGAGAAUGGCAUAUGCAAAUACACAUUGCUCUGCUACAACUGUUUCAGAACAUGAUAGUUGUAAUUACAUCAAGACUCCUCAGUCGGAAAGCUGGAUUGACAGCCAGAAAUGCUCUAACUUUUCAAAGCAGGGACCACUACAAAAGAGCUGUCCCAGCCAAAUAGACACAAACUUAGCUUCACCUAUAUACAGGCAACAUGCCACCUCAUUUGCAAAAAUUACCCAACGUAAAAAGGGAAAUGGAGAUUCAUCCUCUAUGGAAAACAGCACAGAGGGUCCUUCGGGCUCACACUUCAUCCAGAAAGAGGAUGCUUCAGAGCAAAACAACCCUAAACACAAUAAAAAGAUGACAGAAAAUUCUCUAAGUGCUGACAGCGGUAAUCAAUCCAAUCCAGAGGGUGCUUGCGCUUCAUCGAUAGAGGUUGUGCGCUACACAAAAGCACAAAGGCCCGCCUCUCUACCCAUCCAACCUUUUGUACUCCAAGUACCCUCAGGCAAACAACACAGCAAGGCACUUGGAUCCCUUCUUAAUCAGUACAUUAGCAACAAGUACAGCAAGCCUGGUCCAUCCAAAGCUACUUGCAAAAGCAAGGGACAGUCACACCAUAUGCCACCCUCACCUCUUGGUAGUUUCUCUUCAAUCCACCUGGCAGCCACCAGCUCAGACACUUGUUCCACAUGCACAUCAAGUCCAAUUUUGCCCCACGGUAACCCCCAAUGUACCCAAACCAGCACACUGUUGGGGCUAAUUCACCAAAACCUAGAUUUGAUGAACAGAAGUCCACAUAUGAGCCCAGUGAGAGCGAGAAGUCCUGAAAUCAUAGAGCACACAGAGGAGAGUCCAAAGGCCUGCUCAAGGCACACAAGCCCAAAUCAAAAACAUAAUUGGACUCGAACAAAUCAAGCUUCUCCUCAGUCACUGACCUCAACAAACCAUAAACAGAAUUAUCUUCUAGACAAGGUGCCCCUUGUUCAGACUCCACCAGCUAUCGGAAAAGAGCUGUUGGCUACAGUCUCUCAGUAUGCCUCAGACCCUUCCCAUCAAGGUUCCUCUCAUGCCAUUUCCUCUGUUACCUCCUUGACUUCCAUCACUUCUCUCAUCUCUUUACCCAGCACUGAACAAACAUCCUUGUGGCCUUUUGAAGGUGCUUCACAGGUCUUCACCAAGGAAGAACUCAACACCAAUGUCCACCAUUUCAUUGGACCAAAGACGUCAACUAGUGUUAUGAGGGAAUGUCAUCAUGUUGACUCCUCCAUGGCUGAUAGACCCCAUGAAGUGGUCUGGCUUUCUCCAGAAGCCACUUCAGAAGUUCUCUCACUUGAUCUCCUGCACAAGAGAAGUAUGUUGAAAGGUGUGAGUUUGGCAGUGGAUCUGAUAACAGCGCAUUUUAGCUCAAGACGAGAUCCAGAGAUCAGUCUUCACAGUUCACUGUGCACAAGUAUCAGCCAACGUGUCCUCAAACAGCUCUGCCCCGCAAUCCAGAACAUUCUUCAAGAUGGUCUGAAAGCCUAUAAAUUGGACCUGAUCAUCGGACAACGUCGCAACAAACUAUGGAAUGUUGUAGAGGCCACUGCCCGACCAGGCUCAUCUACCCGAAUGCCUGACAGCUUAGUGUCUGUGGUAAAGAAAUGUUCCCAAUUAUCAAGUCACAGCAUGAGGCUCAAUAUCUUCAUCAUGGAUCUGCUAAACUUGCGAGCUCUGGAAUUCUGGAUACGUCAUUUAUACACUUGUGUAGAUGUUGUGAUGGAACACUAUCACCAAUGGGGAUUCCUAGCUCUGGCCCAGGGGCCAACGUACAGGCCAAUGUUCCAGGAGCUGCUCCUCUUGUUGCAGCCACUCUCCUUGCUGCCAUUUGAUCUCCAUCUGUCAUCUGAACCUCACCUUCAAGGUAAGCAGAAGCAAAAACAGAAAGUACCCCUGCCCCAUCUGCUUCUUUCCCAGUCAGCUCAGAUCCUUCAGAUGAGUUUGAUCCAGAAGAACAACAAGAGUCCUUUAGGUCAGAGUGAUGAUUCCAGUAAAAGGGUCACCGAUGGGCAUUGGCUCAAUCAGACACCCCCCACAGAUUGUGGAAUAGCGGUCAGCUGUUCUGAGAGCACACUUAGGGAAGAGGAAGAAGACACCAGAAUGGAAAAUAGUCAGAUGCCAGGAUCUUCACCAAGACCUCAGGAAGAUAAAUCCUUAGGUGAGCUGCAUUGGGCCAGGCUCUUUGGUUCUGGAGUUGGAACCGUAGUUGGGUCAGAGAGGGACCAAAAGAACUUAAGUGGAACUCUGAGAAGUAGGCGGCCCUCAGAAUGGCUCAAGCUUGGUGCAUCAAAAGUGGAUCUGCUUGCACAGUCAGUGUGGACCGGGAAAUGGCCAGAGACUCUUCUCAGUGGGAACCAUGACAAAUGCACAGCAAAUGAAGAGCAUAUGCAAAAAAACAAAAAAGCACCUGAAUAAUAUUUAAAGAUGUAUACUUGCAUAGUGAACCGACACACCCUGUACAAUCCAUUGAAAGUGCACCAUCUCUUUUUUGGAUGCUAUAUACUGUAGAAUAGUGCCUUGAAGUUAUUUCCUAAUCAAGAUAAUUUUUUAUGAUAUGUUGGAAUAUUCACUAACUUUAAGCCAUAAUGUGAUGAUAAAGGUUUUUAGAUUAAAUGUAUAACACUUAAUCAAGUCAUUGUAUCUAGAGUAUAUGAUGUGGAUGGACAUUUUCUGCCAGCACUCAAGCACAAAAUUGGAACUGAGGUCCACAAACGUCUUUUCCAACCAAUCCCUGCACUUUACAUGUGUCUCAGGUCAUCAGCUGUCAGUGUACUGUAAAUCAUUUUUGCUGUUGUUGAACUUCAUUGGGUUUAUAAAAAGCUCAUAUCCUAAUGGCCUGUUUCCAUUAUUUAGGUAUUACUCUGCAUGAUCGCAUAAAUUACGCAUGACAAACAAAUUGUUGUUUUUCUAUAACACAUUUAGUGAAUUCGAAUUGCCGAAUUUAUUGUAUUUUUACAAAAUGAUAUCUAUUAAAUAUAAACCAAUCAGCCACAACAUUAAAACCACCUGCCUAAUAUUGUGUAGGUCCUCCUCAUGCCUCCAAAAUAGCACCAGCACCAUUUGUAUCUGCAGAGCUGCUGCUCGCUGGACGUUUUUAG